AUGAGUGGAAUACCAGGCACCGCAGUCGUCCAGGUCACCAACCUGUCCUCGGCCGUGAGCAGCGAGCAGAUGCGGACUCUGUUCGGCUUCCUUGGAGACAUCGAGGAGCUGCGGCUCUAUCCGCCCGAGUAAGUAACGCUAGCGUCGGCGUGGGUGACUAGGAAAACCCGAGGAUGCGCGGCCUUUACGCUGUCCACUUUAACUGUAGGAUUAGGACGUAAGCGGGUGGAAUAAACAACUAACCAGUUUGUAUCUGUUUUAUUUCUCCCUACAGCAAUGCCCCCUUGUCUUUCUCAUCCAAAGUGUGUUAUAUAAAGUAUCGAGACCCCUCCAGUGUUGGUGUGGCGCAGCAUCUCACCAACACUGUGUUUGUUGACAGAGCUCUCAUAGUGGUGCCAUGUGCAGAAGGUGAGUGGAGCACAUUCCCCUUAUAAUUUAAUGCCUCAAUAAUGUCAGUGAACCUAUAUUGGCCUCCUGCCUUUGCUGUUUGGACUUGAGAUUGGGUUUUGGGGUAUUUUUUAAUGGCUAGAUGCGUCAUUGAGUGAUUUUAGUAAGUGACGGGCUGUAUCACCUAAAUAAAACAUUACAUAGCUUUUCAUCACAGCACCAAGCCGAGGUGUCUCUUGGUGUCACAGGGUGGUUUCUGCUAAAUAAAUUAAAGCACUGGUGGACAUUUCACAUGCGUGAAUUAAUUCUCUAUUUCCUGGUAAAAUUUGGGGGUGUUGCUGAUUUUAUAUUGACCCAUAUUGACACAAAUACUGAAAAAAGGGAGAAAACUGGAAGUAAUAAGAAAUAUUUAAUGCUUGAAAGCAAAGACAAGGGUGAAUGAAUAAGACCAUUGUAGUGAGAGCUAUAGGACCUGUGAAAAAAUAUAUAGUGGCAGUAAAAGUGAGCUAAAGAAGUAUAGUAUUAUUAAUAAGAAGAAAUUUAAAGCUCCUCUGAUGGUUUUUUACAUUUACGAAAAGGAUAUAAAAUUUUAUUAAUGCCUUUGAUAUGAUAUUGAAAAGCAACCAACCAGGAAGGUCUGGGUCAUUUUAAUGCCUGAAACAGGUGUGAGGGGGUAGGUGUCAGCUGAGCAGCUGAAGAAACAGUCUGAUUUUUACAAUUUGUGCAUAAAAUAUUUGCAAUUCUGAAUAGAUUUGACCUGUCAAAAGUAAAGUCAUAAGCAUGUCUUCAGCUGCUCUGUUUCAAGCGAAUUAUUUUAAGCUAGAUGAAUAUUUAAAUGUUAUGAUGUACUUACUCCUUGCAGUUUUGGUUAUUGUCAACAACUUGAAGUAGUUACAUUUCAGUCUGGACUAGUUUCCCCAGGGUGUUUAGGGGGUCUGGUGGGUUGGUAAACAGCGGAUUCUCUGGAUCAUGUUUGCUGGUGUUACUUUUGCCAUUAAAGCCACAUAUAUUACUGCUUUUUUUUUUGGGAAAAUACAAAAUAAACCCAUUGCACCUCAGCUAACUCAACCCCAUUUCUCUCUCUUUCAUUUUGUUGCUCCUUCUCUUUAAAUUCCCCCCCUCCCUCCCCUCUUUGGUGCCACUGUUGUUCCCAUGUGUACAGUCAAACAAAUGAUAUCACCUCUAACCUGAUGCUUUUUGUCCACGUGACUUGGUGCUGGAUGGCUACUGAGUUUAUUAAUUUGGUUUUGUAUGUUUUUUCUGUGUGAUUAUGUGUGCAUAUCAGAUGACUAGACUGGCCCAGCUGUUACACUACACUAGCCUGAGUCAGGCAUUGUUUUCCAAGCCACUAUCCCCGAUCGGGCCAACGCAGCCUUCAAGGGGGGAAUGUGACCAGGAGAAUAGCCCGCUGAACCUUCCAAGAUGGACACCUUGUCUCUUUUUAUUUAUUUUUCUUUUCUUUUUGGUUUGUUUCCUUUCAUACUUUCCCAUGUUGUCCACUUUCUCCUGUCUCUAUCUAGAAACAACAGUAUUGCUUAUCUCUAGCGUUGUGUUUAUAUUUGUUAUUUUGGUUUGUUGUUUUGAUUAUUGUCCAACCCCCACCCCCCUCUCUCUUUCCGCUACAGCUGCAGCUUGUGUGUGAUUGAAUUCUGUCCAGGUUGCUACGGCAUACUGCUGGUGGGAUGUGUAUCACACAUGGGAAGCUAGGAGGAUCACUAACACUUUACUCUCUUGUCACCUACUCCUGUUGACAUAGUGAGGGGGCUAGACGUUGUGAAAGUGAGACCCAGUAAUGACAACUUUACCUCUUUACAAUCUGUUUGCACUUUUUAAAGAUCUAUUUAGAGUAGGAUUUUUUUUCUCCCCUCACUUUUCAGCUCUGAUAUGGAUGUUCAAUGUUGUCACAAACACUCACUUUUGAGCAUUUUGUUCACUUUUAACUUCGUUACACAUGAGUUAAUGCUUUGCGCCGUUCCUUUUGAGUAUAUUUAAGCAGAUGAAUUGUUUAAGUCAUACUCUGUGCCUCCAGCUGUAAUUCACUGAAUUUGUACAACCCCACUUCUGAACAAGUCGGGACGUUAAAAACAGAGUUUGAUGGUUUGCAAAUCACUUCAAAACAGUGCAAAGACGACAUGUCUACUGUUGAAACUCUUCACCACCCUGUGAAUGUUUGAGAACCAGGAAGACCAUGCUCUGGAUUUUAGUUGCUUUACAGAUUGAGGUCUUUUUCAGGUGUUUCAGUUACUAAGAAGUCAGCUCUGUGGGCAGGUUUAGUUUAGCACCAGGACUGUUCUACUUCUGAGCCAUGAAGCUGUAAUACGUGCAGUUUGUAGUUUGGCUUUGUUUAGCUGAAAUAUGAAAAAGCAUCAUGUGAAAGGCAGCAUAUGUUGCUCCACAGUCUGUAUACACUGUUCAGCAUCAAUGGAGCCUUCACAGUUGUUUGAGCUAGGGCUGUCCUGAUACGACAUUGAAGUCGGAUAUCAGUCUGAUAUCAGUCUGAAAACUAUCGGAUUAUAUUGGCAUGCAUCUAAAAUCUUCGAUAUCAGAAGUUCGAUACAAGCAGUCCAUUCCAGACUCUGCUUCUGCACCUUUAGCUAGCAGCGCCCGGAUCCAUCAAGCUGAGCUAACGUGAUCACAACAACCGUGUGUACUACACUAAACUUUAUGCUGGUCCAUCCUUGAUUUCCAAGAAGAAUGUCAAAUUCUGCUUCAUUAGACUACAGGACAGAUUUUCUUAAAUUUGCUCGGACUCGGAGAAGUUGCAGAUUUUUCUAGAUCAUGUUUAUAUUUGGUUUCCUUUUUGCAUUUGUGCUUAUGGACAGUGUUUUUGAGGCGAUGUGGUGACUUCCACUACAGAGCUGUGACUGAAAAUUAGUCCUCAAAUGGUGUCUUUGCAUGAUUUCAAACAAAAAUACAGUUGAAAUGAUUUGGAAACCAUCAACAUCUUUUUUUAACAGCAUCCCAGCCUUUUUGGAACGGGGGUUGUAGUCAUUUUGUAAAUUUAGCCGCCUCUUCUUGCAGUAGACGAAGCAGAUUGUAAUCCAAAGUGGAAUGAGCAAAUCUCCUAAUUGGUUGUUUUUUGUAGCUAAAGUCUUGGCUAACAUUUCCUACAGUUCUUAAAAUUGUUGUUCUUCUCUGUAUUUGAUGUCCUGUGUGCUAUUAGUGAUGCAGCCAUUGGGGUUGUCUUGUGUUGCACACCUUUCCAACACUGCGAAACGAUCGCCCCCUUCCCCCACGGAAAAGCGCCCAUGCUUGAUAUCGCAUGGUUCAUGACCAAUAUGUUUCCAGUACAGGUGACCCAUGCAUCAAAGUGUUGACUCAUUCUCUGCAUUGUGUUUUUAUUUUCUUUCUUUUCUUGAUCUAUGAAAAGAGACCAAGGACAAAAUUCUUCUAUUUUUGAACAGUAAAGAUUGAGUUAAUUCAGACUGACUGAGAGGAAUAGUUAAAUAAAAUCAAAGUAAGGAUGCUCGGUCUCCAGAUUACCAUGAGUAGACAGUAGAUCUCUUGUAGGCUGUAUGGGGAAGUGUAUGCUCUCUUUCUCUCUAGAUUACAGUGGGCUAAUUGUGCAGACAUAGAGGAGACAGAGAGAAGAGGCCCUCUAUUGCCUUCACUAAUAUCUGCUUCUGUCCUGCAGGGAAGAUACCGGAGGAGGCCAAGGCCUUGUCUCUUUUGGCACCCGCCACCCCUGUACCCAGUCUGAUUCCUGGUGGGGGACUGCUGCCGAUUCCUACACCCGCCCCGAUCCAGAAUGUGAGUCUGAGUCUCACAGUUUACAUGCUUAAUAACCUCGAAUUACACAUAUAAUCCUGUGCCUAGAAAUGGCACAAGAUUACCAACCUGCUGCAAGAGAUAAAGAAGGAUGAGACUGCGGUAAAUACAGUCAUGCACCAGCUUUUCCAGACAUGUAGAGCUGUAGAGCUGUCCGAACAGCUCACUAUAUGUCUAUUUGUUGUUAUAAUCCUUAUGUCAGACUGUAAAUACCCCAUGAGUCUUAGAGAAAUGUAUUUCCAUUUAAAACAGGGUUCCUACACAACUACUUUUUAGAAUUGUUUUUGGAAAUACCUACUUUUCUAUUUUAGAAAACAGUAUUUUAGAACUGUGGUAGUAGUCUGUAAACAUAAAUAUUUGUCCACACUUAUUUUUCAUUUACUUUCUAAGACCUGGAAAUUGAUCAAAUUACUUCCAUAAUUUUCCAUACUUGCCAUACUUGCGUAGGAACCCUGUAUAAAGCUUGUCCACCUCCCUGAUCCAGCUGACUGUUAAUCCUCCUUUCCCCAGUAUGGGAGUCACCUUUUUUCCUCCCUUUCUUUAGGAGAAAAAUUAGGAGUAAUAUUUCACGUUGUACCUUUUUUUCCACAAACUUCACAUCCUUAUAGCAGGUCCUUUGUUUCUUUUGUGCCGCUGUGCAGGGGCGUGUCCAGACUUUUUAACUGAGGUGUCCCGACUCUAGAUCGAUGGGGUGGCCCGGGUAUCUGCACUCAGAUUAUUUGCGUUUACACUCCUUUUCUUCACUUUCUACUUAAAUAACCUUCAUAAAAGUGUUGCACAGAUAGUAUAUUCUUUGAAUUAUUAUGUAUUAGUGAUAAAAAGGCUUCAAUCAGUCUAAUGAGCUUAAAGUACUGUUUUAUAGGUGAAGUAGUAUGAAAGAUAAAGUUAAAAAAUCUUCAUUUUUGUUAAAAUACUUGAUUAAUCACCAGAGGAAAAAAAAACUAAAUUAAACAAUUGACCCUGCUUUAAGAUCCUGAUUCUAAAUUUUAAAAAAUUUCUGACACAGGCUUUAAGUUGCAAGAAUCAAAACUAUCACAGGUUGAAACUCCCUCAGCUUCUCUACUUUCAAACAGUAGGUGAUACAAACCCACAAAAAACAGUUCAGUGUAUCUUACCUGCAGCUGCACCUGAGGACAUUUGAUAGUUGACACAGAAUCAACACAAAGCAAGUCGAGCAAAUUUGAAGAACUCUCUGUUUCCUUGAGGCCGUUAGCGCAGCAACAUUUUGCCCUCGUAGAGAAUGAUAGUUUAACAGUUAUGUUAUAAUAACUAAUGUUUGUUUACGCGCACCUUUCCUCAAGGUUUGGCUUUCAUUUGGAGAAAUAUAUCUUUCCCUUUAGCUGCAAAAAUGCACCAAAGAACAGGGUCUGCUGGGUCUUUAAAACGUCUUAAAACGUCUCGAAUCCAAAAAUUUAAGGCCUUAAAAUGUGUAAAAGUCUCUUAAAACCUCAUAAAAUGUCUUAAAUUACAAAUGUGAAAGGUCUUAAAAAUGUAUUGAUGUUACUUACAGAUAAAGAUUUAUUUGAAGUAAGUUUAAAAUGUUCCGAUUGCCCUUCAUGUCUUAUGUACUUUUUUGGAUCUCAAAUUAUUUUCAUUAUGGUCUUUAAAAAGUCUUAAAUUUGACUUGCUGAAACCUGCAGAGACCCUGAAAGAAAGUCAAAACAAACCCAGAACUCUUAAAACCAGUGUAUGCAUUGGAGCCUUACUGAUGUGUUUUGCAGUCCUGUAAUAUCACAGAUGUGUCUUUUCGUCUCCUGCAGCUAAACCUUCCCAUAGUGAAUCGUUUGUCAGCGAGUCUGGACACCUCAGCGUCUGUGCACUCCCAGCCCCCCCUCAUGGGAAACGUGGAUCCCUCCAAGAUCGAUGAGAUCAGGAGGACCGUCUAUGUCGGCAACUUGAACUCUCAGGUAACCUUCAUGAAAUCUUCACCUCAGAAAUGAAGUUGAUGGUUCAGUUUUUUGUCCCCAUGACAGCAGCUCCAGCCUCACAGGGUCGCUGUCGUCCACCAGUGAAAGGAUGUAAACCCGUGUUGGAUCUCUCCCUCCACAGACCACCACCGCUGAGCAGCUACUGGAGUUUUUUAAGCAGGUGGGAGACGUCAAGUUUGUGCGGAUGGCCGGAGACGAGACUCAGCCGACGCGGUUCGCCUUUGUCGAGUUUGUGGAGCAGGAGUCUGUCGCACGAGCUCUGACCUUCAACGGGGUCAUGUUUGGAGACAGACCUCUCAAGUAUGUGUUUUUUUAACUCCUCAUGAAGAGCAGUAUUUUCAGAUGUCAUGGUGGGUAUUAUUAAUCAAGGAUCAUUUUGUUUGUUUCUCUUCUUUCAGGGUGAAUCAUUCCAAUAACGCCAUCGUUAAACCCCCUGAGCUGACGCCACAGGCUGCUGCUAAAGAGCUGGAAACUGUGAUGAAGAAGGUGAGGGAAGCUCAGUCCACCAUCGCUGCUGCUAUCGAACCAGGUAAAACAAAAACCGCUCCUACAGUCCAGAUAACGAUGAGCUGGUUUUGGUUUCUCACGCUGACCCUGCUGCUCUUCCUCCAGCUGACAUAAAGAAGCGCUCCUCCAGCCGGUCGAGGCGGUCACGCCGCUCCCGCUCGAGGUCACGCUCACGAUCACAUUCAAGGUCCCACAGGAAAAGGUCCCGAUCAAAACACAGGUACCCUGAAGUUUAUUCGUUCACCCUCUACUCUGUGAGAUCUGGUUUGAGAUCUGGUCAGUGAAGGUUUUUACUCUCUUUGAUCAGAGCACCACAGAAGUCCUGGACGAAGACAGACUCCCACAGUUCUCGAAGCAGCCACAAGAGGCGCUCUCGCUCCAGAGACAGAAGACACAGUCGAAGCCGCUCAAGGUAAAACAGGAAACGAUAAACUCACUUGAAGUCAAAUCUGCUGAUUAUUCUCACAUUUUAGUCCCAACUUUUCUUGCUGUAAAAUAUUUAAAAAGUCCUGAAAACUGAAAAUCUACAUUUCCUACUUCUUCCUCUUGAACCAAAACACCCUCAAAAGAUCAGAAAACCUCAUAUUUCCUGAACCACCUUGAUAAAAUUCUUCAAAUUUCUGUUUUACAAAUCAGGGAAGUGAUUAAGGUUGUUCUAAGGCUGGGCGAUAAACCAAGAAAUUACCGAUACGAAAUUUACGACAAUAACCGACGUCAUUUUGCCCAUAUCAAUAUAUUCGGUUUUUCAAAAAUGUACAAAUUAAAGUUGGUUUUGGAUGUGUGUAGGUAGGCUAUGGUCUCAUGUCCGUUUAAGAUGCUGUCCUAUGUCAGAGACGUGACUCCACUCCAUCCAGUCUGUAAAAAAGAGGGAAAGACAGUUGAGGAGAUGGAGGACGGUUCAAAAGUUGUAGCGGCAGCUAAAGUAGACGAAGUUAAUGUGAGAGGGGAUGAACAGCUUGUGGAGUAGUUAUUGAUCAUUUAUUGUUAUCGAGGUGAACUGAUCAAUAUAUCGUGAUGCUGAUUUCAGGCCAUAUCGCCCAGCCCUAGUUUGUUCCAGUGUUUGCUGACUGCAUUUCGCUGUUGAUCUCUAAGUUUUUAACACGUUUCAAUGCACUGACUGGAUGUGCAGCACUGAAAACACAUUUUUAAAACUUCUUCUGUUAAUUUUGUAAAACUAGUCCAAAAAAAUUGUGCUUGUGUUUUCACCAGAGGUCACAAGAGGAGGAGUAAGGAUCGCUCACGGAGCCCCCGGAGGAAAGCUAGAUCCCCCUCACCGAAAAGGUAGAUCUGUCACUUCUCUACGACGUUCUCUGAGAUCUGAAAUUUUCAAGUUUGUCGGGGAUCACAGAGUCUGCAGAACAACCCAGGCUAAUGAGGACUGGCUGAGCUGAAACUUAGUGGUUUUUUUGUUUGUGUCGCAUCUUUCAGAGGUAAGAAGGACAAGAAGAGGGAGCGCAGCAGAGACAGAAAAGAGCGCUCCACGUCCAGAAAGAAGAGCCGCAAGGACGAAGACAGGACGAAGAGCAAGGCCAGGCCGAUGAAGGUAAUAAAGCUGCCACUCGCUCAGUGGAAUUACACCCCGCCGCGCUGACGCUCGCUGCUGAAUCUCACCGUCAGAUAAAGCUGUCACACCCCCGGGAAUUUAGAGAGGCGAGGUUUGUCGCACUUGAAAACUGCUGAGGCAAAGAAAUGAGGUCUGUCAGCGCCGAGAAGACGAAGAGCAGAGGGAGCUCUCCUCCCUCCCUCCCUUCCUUCCUUCCUUCCUUUUUUCAGUUAUUAAAGGAGACAAGGAGACAUUAUUACUGGCCUUGCUUUCUCUCUGUGUUCGGUAGAAGUGCACUUGAAAGUGGAAAAGGUUUAGAAAGCUGUAAAAAUCAGAGAAACUUCUGGGUCUUCUGGGUUUUCUGAUCACACAUUUCGAUCUUCUUUAAGGCUCUGAAUGUCUCUGAGCAGACCAGGGGAAGUAAAAUCCCUCCUCACACCUCACACAGAUCGAGGAAUCUGACAAGAAAAUCUUUGAACCGUCAGAAAAUCGUGCCUUUGGGGAAUCGAGCCUGAAAUUGGCCCUGUUAUCUCAAAGUCAGCUUCAGUUCAAACUCUGUGCUGUAGGAUUUAACCGCCCACUCCCACUCCACAUUCAGAGGUUCUGGAGGGCUGACGUAUCAGUUGACAAAAACUCAUAGAUAUCCUUCUUCUACUGUAUCUGUCUGCGAUUCUUCUUUUAGUUUAGGAUUGCAAGGUUUGAGGGCUGAGGAGGACCUGCACUCAGACAUGCUGACUCUGUCUCUUUCAUAAAAGUCUUUUCAUCUCAUAAACCAAACUAAGCCAUCUUUGUUUACUUCCCGUAGAUAACAGAAGAGCUGAAAGUCUGGCGAUGGCCGUGAGACCAAAAGCGACACGUUUUCAAGUUUUACCGCGAUCGAUCUUUCCUUUGUUGAUAACAAUCAGAACGUUUGUUCAGCAAACGCGGUAGAAACCACCUCACAGGUGUGAAACGCUGACGGAGACGCUGCAGGGCGCUGUCCUGAAAAUCAGAUCACGCCGAUCUGAAGCGAUAAGAGCUCGCUUUUAUAGCCUGUGUCUCAUCUCUACAGUCAGGGGGGAAGUACUGAAAAGUCCGUACGUGUUGUUUUUUUUUAGUGCUAUCGUCACUUUAACCAGAGUGUCCUGACGAUAAGUUUCCAGUUAAACUCUGAGGUGGUUUAUUAUCUCUCACCUCUACCUGCUCGCUGCAGUUCUAAUUAAACUUCAGCACACAGAAUUUCUGCAGAUCUUUCGCUCCUGAUUCAAUCUGCAUGAAAAAAAACUACAGAAUAAUUUUUUUUUGAGUAAAUCACCUGAACUUUCAUGCACUUGACUUUAUUUUAGAUCACAAGUCAGACGAAGAGGAAGAAGCCAAAAUUAGGAAGGUGAAAUUAGCAGAAAUUCUGCAGAGCGUAGAACCAGACAUGCAAAGUUUGAUUAGAAACCACAGCGCGCUCGUCAGCAUCAUCUAGAGUUUGGAGAUUUGAGUAAAGUUUGUGAUUAUUGAACACGACAUGCAAAUGUUUGGAUACACUCAGAUUUUGGCAGUCUUAUUGGUGAGGGCUGUUAUCUGGGACUUUCUUUAUUUACCAAUUAUGGAUAUCAAAAACUGACCUUGUUGUAGGUAAUCCUGGAUUAUACCUGGAUGAAUAUAUGGUCUACUUAGGUACUGUGUUUGGAAAACACUCUCAAGGCAGGUCUUGAUUAUUUUUUAUGUAUGAGUGGCAAACUUGAUUUUGUCGUUUCAUUUAGAUUUAAUGUAGGGUGAUGUAUUUACCGUAUUUUUUGGCGAUCAGGCGCACCGGAUUAUACAGCCCACUGUGAAUUAACAUAUUUAUGUUCACACAUAAGGUGCAACAGAUUGUAAGGCGCAUUAAGCAUUUGUGUAUUGAUUGGUUUAUUGUUGCUAGCGCGUACUCUGGGCUCGAGCUGCCUGACAUGAAUGCACUGCUAGUUUAGACAUUGCAGUCAGGCAGUCUUGUAGACUGCUCAGGGGUCCUGUUGUGUCGAAAAUGGAUCCCUAACCCUUAUAUAGGCGACUAUAUGGGGGUUAACGCCAUUUUGAGGGGUGUCUGAAACCUCAGUGAUCAAUUCCAGUGCCCUAUAUAGGGGACUCAAAGAUUCCCAUAAAGCAUUGCAAAAUGUCGUGCCCAUCCGAUGGUCACUCAGCGGGGGUGGGCAUCCUGUCAUGCGUUGCGUGAUAAGGAAAGACUUAAAUACAAACUCCCUCAAACGUCAUCAUCUGAGCUCUCAUAUUCCCACCAAACAUCUGCCGGCUGGGUUUUAUUCUUGCCCUUGAAUUUCAGGUGCAAAGGGACUACGAGCGAGAGGAAAAGGACGACUUUGAGAGCGACAGAGAAGACUCGGUGGGACUCGGCGAGGACAUGAUGUCAUCACCCUGCGCCCAGCACAACGGCAGCUACAAGACUCAUCAGGAGGAACAUGCAUAG